AUGUCAUAUUAUAAUAGAGAACGGGAGAAAGAGAGACAUUUCCCACGUCCAGAAAAGGGUAAGCAUCAUCGGAGCAGUACUUCUUAUAGCUCAACAGAAGGAGGAGAGAGUGAUGGCGAAGAUAAGGACAAAAAAAAGGGAGCAGGACUUCAAAGUCACCCAAAAAGAACUAAAACAGUCCGUGGUACCAGUGACAAAAGGGAGAGUGGAGGUGAACCACGUGAUACAUCUCAACAUCACUAUCGUCAGGAAGAACAACAUCGAACAAAGAGAAAACGAGAGAGAGAUUCACUGAGUGAUAGUGAACAAAGAGAUAGUAAACGACCAAGAAAUGAAGUGAGUGAAAAACGUUCUCACCAAGAAAGCGGUCGAGAUAAGAAAGAUAGAAAAGAGUCAGGUACAUCUGAAGAUGAUGUCGGACAUCAACAAAAGAAACCUUCUCGAAAACAUAAGCGUCAAUCUGAAAGUGAAGCUGACAAUGAUUUUGGUCAAAAUCUGACUUGA